AUGUCGCUUUUUGAUCGCGACGAUGAUUCUGUUGUAUCAGAGUCGAGUAGUAGUAGCAUUCACAGUCCAAACCACGCUUUAGUUGAUGAUGUUUCUUCAAAGAAUACUUUAGAAUCUACUUUACCUCUCCAUGUACCACCUUUGUUUCCUACCAAUGAACCUUUACGUAUCAGUUCUAAUGCAACACGCGGUCAGUUUACCCUAACCGAAAGUGAGAUUCUUAGCGCCCAGCAGGAUCAAAAACGACUCUUAGAACGUAGGCUGGGCUCUCGGAUGGGGAUUCGAGGAGGUUUAAACGCUACUUUUAACCAACCUAGUAAUAAUCUUGCCAGUUCUGCUUCUUUAGGUAUAAAUGGGAAAACUGGUCGAAGUGAUUCAAGCGUAUUUGGGAACUCUAUUGCUGCUGCAUUACGUCUUCGAAAGGAGGAGCAAGAGGAGCUGCUCCUGCGUAAACUCUGUGCUGAACGCUCGAAUGAUCCGAGUUUAAUUGAAAAAGAUUUGGAGGUUGGGGUUUUUGUGACAUCGGCGUAUAAAAAGAUGCUCAGACACCAUCAAAAACGCUGCAGCGGCCUAGAUGAUGCUACCGACAAGGUUUCCUCCGAACCAACUGAUUCAGCGGAGAAAGGGGAGGACAAUGAUGAUGAUUUGUUAGAGUCUUAUAUUAGAAGCCUUGAGCGCAAUCUACCAAAGAUUCGCGCCAUCUCUGAGACUGAUCCUCCGAGGUUAUCGUGUAACAACGUGACCAACGGCCUGUCAUGUACUAGCAAAAGAAAGGCAUCAGAACUCGGCAGUCAUUAUGAUCAGGUUAUGCUUAUGCGGCUUCAUGAAGAUGCCCAAGCCUCUGGAAGGACACAGGAGCAGCAACCACCACAGGGCCACAGUAUUGAAGACGUUAUAAAUCGUCCUUCUUUGAGUGAAUUAAAGACGCUUGUUUUGACUGAAGGAGCUGUUACGCACACAGAGGAUGCCAUUUUAACGGAUGGAAAAGAGAUGUCUAUUCCCGAUGCGAUGAAUAAAUCUGUUCCGUGUUCUGGAGGCAAUACAGAUCGUCCGCCUGAUGCUGGAAGGGGAGUUAAAUCGCAGAAUGAAGCACUUAUUGAGCAUAAACGCACCCUUUUCUUGGCUCGUGAAGCUCGGAAGCGACGCCGUGUCGAUGCAGCUUUUAUUUAUGGGUGUGCGCAACGGUGUGAGGAGCGUAUGAUCAAAUUGCUACAUUUAGUGUGA